AUGGGCAACAGCGACAGCAAGAGCAAGUUCCGCGAGAGCGUCUACAAGCUCAACAACGAGGUCAUCAGCGCCAAGAGCCUCGAGUUCUGGGACAAGCUCUGGCGCAUCCCCACGGUCGCCGAAGAGAUCUUUACGCUCAUUCAGCCCGACGACGUGCGCAUGCUGCGGCACCAGCAGCCCGCGAACUUGGCCACAAUGCUGCGCCAGGCGGUCUCGCAGCUCGUGCAGAUCGUCGAGACGCCCGUGCCCAAGUACUACCAACAGGCGCUCAACUGCGUGCGCGUCUUGACGCGUCUCGUGCCGUUUAUUCUCGAAGAGGGCGGCGACGACUUUGUCGAAGAGCUCUUUUGGCGCGGACGGAGCAGCGACAGUGCGUUGCAAGCGGACAAAGUGGAAGAAGAAGAAGGAGAAGAGGCUGACGAUGAAGGAGACGAUGGAGCGCCCCGUGCGGCGGGAGCGGGCGAGCCGCUGGCCACGCAGAUGAUCCACGCGAUCAUGGGGUUACUCUUCUUGCCCGAGUUCACCGUGUCGAUCCACGCGUACAAGGGCUACGGCGAAGAGCGACGGAGCGCCACGCGCAGUGGACAGAGCACGACCAGUGGGGGGCUCGUGUUUCCCUCGCUGCUGUGGCACUCGGGCGUGGGGUACCCUGACGCCAGUGUCGUGCACGCGUCGACGUACGACAAGAACCGGAAAGAAGUGCUCGCGCUGCUCUUGACGUGCUUCUCGAGCAUUUUGUACCACAAAGCCGAGACGUGCAGUCAGUGGAAAGAUCCGUUCCUGGAAGUCGCCACGGCCCCGGCGUGUCCGUUUGCACCGACGCUGUUCUACUCGCUGCUGAACAUUGUCGUGUCGUACGAUCCAGUGGGGUGGGGCGUGCCGUACGCAGGCUCGAUCGUGUCGGACGACCGGGAGAUACUCGUGGACCUGUCGCUGCAAGUGCUGCUAGUGCUGCUGGAUUUCGGGCAAACGUCAGAGGCCAAUGUCACGACGUCGUUGAAGCCGCAGCUGGGGAGCUCGACACCGAUUGUCGACCGUCGCAUGUCGGCUGUAGCGCCGAGACCGUCGAAUCCGUUGUUUGAUGGCGUGCCGAACACUUAUCGUGCCUUGCUGUCGUCACUCCAGCGACCCGAAGACUUUAAGCUCAUUUUCUCGGGACUUUCGCGGCUGCUGAACAACUACCAUCAGUCCAUGAGCACGUUACUGCCAAACUCGAUCAAGCAGAUUAAAUGCCACCAGGAGCUGCUUGUUUUGUUGUGGAAGAUGCUGGACGAGAAUACAGAAUUCUUGCAAUAUGCACUGAAACAAGCGGACGCCAACCAGCUCGUGGUACCGCUGCUGUUCUUGAUGUACGAAGGCAGACAAGAACCGGCCAAGGUAGGCAUGAUCCACAUUUGCACGUUUAUUUUAUUGUUGUUGAGCGGUGAACGGGAUUUUGGCGUAAACCUGAACAAGCCGUUCAACAACCACCUGCCGCUGGAUCUACCGCCGUUUUCCGGGAACCACGCCGAUCUCCUGAUUGUAUGCUUGCACAAGAUUAUCGUGAGCGGCUACGAGAAGCUCAACUCGGUGUACAACUGCUUCCUCACCAUCAUUUGCAACAUCUCACCGUACUGCAAGAAGCUCAACAUGGUGUCAGCUGUGCGCCUGAUGCGUCUGUUCAAGCUCUUCGCACAGCCGCGAUACCUAUUUGACAACGAGGCCAAUCAUCACUUGGUUUUCUUCCUGCUCGAGACCUUUGACAACAUCAUUCAGUAUCAGUACGAGGGCAACCAGCAAGUGGUGUAUGCAAUGAUCCAAGCCAAGAAUGUUUUCUACCAGCUCAAUGAUUUGCAGCUUCCGCCCAUUCGGGCGGCUUCGUCGGAAUCAAAGAGCAUGACCAAGAAAGAAGGCGACGGUACCGAAGAAGGAAAAGAAGAAGAGAAAAGUUGUUCCGAUGGCGAGUUCGUUCCUACAGUCGAGUGGCUGGCUGCCUGGAAGAAGAAGCUGCCUUUGACGACGAGCCUCCGACUGCUUCAGCACCUCAUUCCGCAGCUGGAAAGCGCUUGCCAGAAGGCCGGUGGCAGUCUGGACGAAGAUGCGAUGCUGUAUUUCUUGCGUACUACUACGAUGGUGGGCCUUUUGCCUGUGCCGCACCCAAUCGUGAUCCGAAAAUACCAGAUCAACCAGUUCACGCACCUGUGGUUUACCACGUUCACCUGGGGCGUGAUUUUCCUCCGCAACCAGAUGCUUCCCCUCUUCGACGGCGGUGCCAUCACUUUAUUCACCAUCAGCGUUCUAUGA